CUGUUCGUACCGGUGACGGGUGCCGAGUGUUACGCCUGUAUCGGUGUGGCCGAGGGGCUGAUAACCGCCGGACAUACUGUCCUAUUUGCCGUAGACAGCAUGUGGGCCGGUAAGUUUACCCAGUAUGGUAUUCAAGAGGUUUUACUAGAAGCACCUGCCGGCCCACAUACCGGCCCCCAUGGCGGUCCCCAAGAUGCCAACGCGGCUAAAAUAGGCAGGAUACAACACCUUAUGAAAACGGGCAAAAUAGGUCCAUUGCCACCAAUCGAAAAGAUUCAGCAUGGUCGAUCGGGAAUAGGCGGUUUUGCGAUGUUGGCCAUGAAAUUUGACAAACAGGUGGAGCCACUGUUGACUAGUAUUAAACCAGAUUGUAUAGUAUUGGAGCAGUUCCUGACACUGCCAUCGGUGGCACUGUCGGGCAUACCUUAUGUUUGGCUAUGGAGUCCCAAUCCCUUGUGUAUGGUGAAUGAUGAUAGAGCACCUCCUAUGUGUUCGGGACUUUCUGUUAACGGAGAUAAGAAAUUAUGGCAAGAAUUCAGAGAUGUUUGGAAUAAUGAGUGCAAAGAAUCGUUGACUAAAUUCAAUGAAUAUGUUGUCUCCAGAGGUUGUCAACCAUUAAAAGAUAACGCAUUUACCGACGUCUCAAAGUGUCUCAAUAUAUACGGCUAUCCAUUGGAGUUGGACUACACGGACAUCAGACCAUUGCCCAGGAAUUUCAUCAGAUUUGAUAAUUUUAAGAGAUUUGAUAAACACUUGGAGUUUGAGAUACCGGUGCCGUUGAGGGACAGACCGGGAAAGUUGAUAUACUUCUCGUUGGGAUCUAUUGGUGGCGCGGAUGUGGAGAAUAUGAAGAGAUUAUUGAAAAUUCUGUCGAAAUCUAAGCACAGAUUCAUUGUAUCGAAAGGACCUCUUCAUGAGGAGUAUGAGUUGCCGGACAACAUGUGGGGCGCGGCUACUGUUCCCCAAAUACAAGUCCUACAGUUAGUCGACUUAGUUAUCACUCAUGGAGGGAACAACACUACAACAGAAACCAUGUAUUUCGGGAAACCUAUGAUUGUAUUACCACUAUAUGGCGAUCAAUACGAUAACGCCCAACAAAUUCAGGACAAAGGCUGUGGUAUACGUCUGGAUACCUACCGGUGCACUGAAGAGGAAAUGUUGAAUGCCAUCGAAAAGCUGUUAAACGAUAAGCCAUUGAAUGAAAAACUGCGGAAAAUAUCGUCGAGAAUACAAUCGGAUAAUAUCCUAUUCAUACCGAUCCCGGGGGCCGGGCAUAUGAACGCCUGUAUUACUAUAGCCGAGGGGCUGAUAGCCAAUGGACAUACUGUCCUAUUUGCCAUACACACCAUAUGGGCCGGCACUUUGGAUAAGUACGGUAUCCAAGAGGUAUUACUGGACGUGCAUGCCGGCCCCCAAUCACCUGAAGUGGCAAUGACUGAUAUGGCACAGGUAGCUAAGCAUAUGGUGAAGACGGGUAAAAUCAGCGGACUGUCCCCUAUUGAAAAGGCCCGUCAGGGAGGGUCGGGAAUGGGAGGUCGAGCCGAGAAGACUAUUAUGUUUGACCGACAGGUGGAGCCCGUGUUGGCGAGUGUUAGUCCCGAUUGUAUAGUAUUGGAUCAGUUCAUGACACUGCCAUCGGUGGUGAGGUCAGGUGUACCCUAUGUUUGGAUACACAGUGCCGGUCCCCUCAUUAUGGUGGACGAUGUUAGGACACCACCGGCUGCAUCAGGAUUGUAUGCAAAUGGAGACAAGAAAUUAUGGCAAGAAUUCAGAGAUGUUUGGAAUAAUGGGUGCAAAGAGUCGUGGAUUAGAUUCAAUGAUUACGUGGUGUCCAGAGGUUGUCAACCAUUAAAAGAUAACUCAUUCAAAGACACCACAAAAUGUCUCAAUAUAUAUGGCUAUCCAUUGGAGUUGGACUACACGGACAUCAGACCUCUGCCUAAGAAUUACAUCAGAUUUGAUAAUUUGAAAAGAAAUGACAAGCACUUGAAGUUUGACAUACCGGUGCAGUUGAGGGACAGACCUGGAAAGUUGAUAUACUUUUCGUUGGGAUCUAUGGGUGCGGCGGAUGUGAAGAAUAUGAAGAGAUUAGUGACUAUUUUGUCGAAAUCUAAGCACAGAUUCAUUGUAUCGAAAGGACCUCUUCAUGAGAAGUACGACCUACCGGUCAAUAUGUGGGGCGCGGCUACUGUUCCCCAAAUACAAGUCCUACCGUUAGUUGAUUUGGUGGUAACCCAUGGAGGGAACAACACUAUCACCGAAACCAUGUAUUUCGGGAAACCUAUGAUAGUCUUACCUCUGUUUGGCGAUCAAUACGAUAACGCACAACAGGUUGAAGACAAGGGUUUCGGUAUACGACUCGAUGCCUACCAGUGCUCUGAAGAUAAGUUAUUGAAUGCCAUCGAAAAGCUGUUAAACGAUAAGCCAUUGAAUGAAAAACUGCGGAAAAUAUCUUCUCGAAUACAAUCGGAUAAUAUGGUGGGUCGUGUGAACAGCAGUGUCGGCGUAGCGGAGGUGCUGAUAGCUGCCGGACAUAGCGUCACAUUCGCAAUGAACCACCACUGGUUGGGAAGGCUAACAAAGUACGGCAUUCGGGAGGUACUACUCGACGACACCGAUACCUUAAGCACUGAGACCUCGUCCCGGGACUUCAUAAAAUCAAUGUCUCAACAACUGGUUAAGUCGCAGAUUGUGAGUUCACUGUCCCCUUUGGAAAAGGCGAGGAUUAAGGGCAAAUACCAGGAUAGAGUGGACAAGGUGCUAAACUUGGACAGACAUAUUGAGAAAAUGCUGAUAGAUUUGAAACCAGAUUGUGUAAUACUGGAUCAGUUUGUGGCCAUACCUUCUGUGGUACUGUCGGGUAUACCUUUCGUGAACUCAAAUAGCGUAGCGCCCCUAUCCAUGUGGGACGACCCCCGGACACCACCCCCGGCAUCGGGACUCUCUGCGAAUGGAGAUCAGAAAUUAUGGCAUCAAUUCCGGGAAGUUAUGUAUCAUUCAUGUAAAGAGUCGUGGAUUCAAAUCAAUGAUUAUAUCGUCUCAAGAGGUGGACAACCGUUGAAUGAAAACUGUUUUCACGAUACAAAACAAGCCCUUAAUAUAUACGGCUAUCCAUUGGAGUUGGACUACACGGACAUCAGACCUCUGCCUAAGAAUUACAUCAGAUUUGAUAAUUUGAAGAGAACCGAAAAAGAGUUGGAGUUUGAGAUACCGGUGCCAUUGAGGGACAGACCGGGAAAGUUGAUAUACUUCUCGUUGGGAUCGAUGGCAUCUGCAGACGUGGAGAAUAUGAAGAGAUUAGUGACUAUUUUGUCGAAAUCUAAGCACAGAUUCAUUGUAUCGAAAGGACCUCUUCAUGAGGAGUACGACCUACCGGUCAAUAUGUGGGGCGCGGCUACUGUUCCC